CUGCGACAUGGGCCCAUGUAUUCAUCAUCGCCAGUGCAAGUGAGUCCUGAUUAUCUGAAUGUGCUACCGCCUACCAGAACGAGGAGAACGCUCUUACAGUCCACUGUGAACCCGCCAUACCCGAACGAGACGCUUUUAAAGGAAAAAGAAGUUGAGGAACGUUUGCUUACCCUGACCACAUUUCUGUCGCCGUUGUAUUCGACUUUGGCCCCUGAGUCAUUCAAAAAUCAGACAAAAUUUAAAUGCGAGGCGUCAGAAUGCCGACUGGGUUUGAAGCCAGGACGGCCUUUCUCGGGGGUGACCGCAUGCAUUGAUUUUUGUGCCCAUGUGCAUAGAGAUGUGAACAAUAUGAACAACGGCUGCACGAUGGGAAUUAUGGUUGAUAUGGGACAGAAAGACAGCUACGUGGGUGACGAGGCACAAUCGAAGAGAGGAAUUCUGACGGUGAAAUACCCGAUCGAGCACGGAAUCGUGACCAACUGGGAUGACAUGGAGAAGAUCUGGCACCACACCUUCUACAACGAGCUGAGAGUGGCACCAGAGGAGCACCCUGUCUUGCUCACUGAGGCACCCCUCAACCCCAAGGCCAACCGAGAGAAAAUGACACAAAUAAUGUUUGAAACAUUCAACACACCAGCCAUGUACGUUGCUAUUCAAGCCGUGCUGUCGCUCUACGCUUCUGGACGAACAACGGGUAUCGUGUUGGAUUCAGGAGAUGGAGUCUCCCAUACAGUUCCUAUCUACGAAGGUUACGCUUUGCCUCAUGCUAUUCUGAGAUUGGACUUGGCUGGUAGGGAUCUGACUGACUACCUGAUGAAGAUCUUGACUGAGAGAGGCUACAGCUUCACCACCACGGCUGAGCGAGAAAUCGUCAGAGACAUCAAAGAGAAACUGUGCUACGUAGCUCUGGACUUUGAGCAGGAGAUGGCUACGGCCGCAUCUUCCAGCUCACUUGAGAAGUCUUACGAACUUCCUGACGGCCAGGUUAGUAAUACAGUAUACUUCCAUUAUUUUCGCAAAUUGCUCAUCAUUUUUAUAUACGUGUAACAGAGAAUU